GGAAACGCAAUUGAAGAAGAGAUAGAAGAGGAAGGAAGACACGUCCAUUGGAGGUCCUCUGCCAUUUGCGAAGCUCUCAGAUUUAGAGCGACAUUGUGAUAGAACCGAGGAAUCCCAUACGGAGAGGGGAAGAGAGGAAGAGAGAGCGAGACGAUCACAUCACAUCACAUAACAUAACCAAGACUCUCUCUCCAUCUCCGUCGCAAUGAUCUCUCUCAGUGCCUCCUCGUUUCUGUUUGCCCUGCUUCGCUUCUCACAGAACAAGCCGGGUUCCACCCACUUCUCUCUGCGCCAGCCUAGAACUAGAAUCUCCUCUCCUCCUGCUUUCUUCAGAGUCUUUUCCGCUCUCGGAUCUAACCGGGAUCCUAACGGCAGCGUUUUGAUUGAGACCACUGCCUCCUCCUCCUCCUCCCUCGAGACCUCCGCCGCCGCCGAUAUUGUUCCCAAAUCAACCGUGUCUGGUGGAGUUCAGGAUGUGUACGGCGAGGACGCUGCCACCGAGGACAUGCCCAUCACUCCUUGGUCUCUUUCUGUCGCCAGUGGGUAUACGUUGUUGCGCGAUCCACAUCACAACAAAGGGCUUGCCUUCAGCCACAGGGAGCGCGACGCUCACUAUCUACGCGGCCUCCUCCCCCCUACUGUUAUCUCCCAAGAUCUUCAGGUUAAGAAAAUGAUGCAUACUCUUCGUCAGUAUCAAGUUCCCUUGCAGAGGUAUAUGGCUAUGAUGGAUCUCCAGGAGACCAACGAGAGGCUGUUUUACAAGCUUCUCAUCGAUCAUGUCGAAGAGUUGCUUCCAGUUGUCUAUACUCCAACCGUUGGGGAAGCCUGCCAGAAGUAUGGUAGCAUUUUCCUGCGUCCACAAGGGCUUUUUAUCAGCUUGAAAGAAAAAGGCAAGAUUCUUGAGGUGCUGAGGAACUGGCCUGAGAAGAACAUCCAGGUCAUUGUUGUCACCGAUGGGGAGCGCAUUUUAGGUUUAGGGGAUCUUGGAUGUCAGGGAAUGGGAAUUCCGGUUGGGAAACUUUCUCUGUAUACAGCCCUUGGAGGUGUCCGGCCUUCCGCCUGCCUGCCCGUAACAAUUGAUGUUGGGACAAACAAUGAAAAGCUAUUGAACGAUGAGUUCUACAUAGGACUCCGCCAAAGGAGAGCUACAGGAGAGGAAUACUCCGAACUUAUGCAUGAAUUCAUGACAGCAGUCAAGCAGAACUAUGGGGAGAAAGUCGUUAUUCAGUUUGAAGACUUUGCCAACCAUAAUGCUUUUGACCUGUUAGCUAAGUAUGGUACAACACAUCUUGUUUUCAAUGACGAUAUUCAGGGCACAGCAUCAGUUGUGCUUGCGGGACUUAUCGCUGCUCUUAGAUUUGUUGGCGGAUCCUUGUCAAGCCACAGGUUCCUCUUCCUCGGCGCCGGAGAGGCUGGCACUGGAAUAGCUGAACUAAUUGCUCUUGAGAUAUCAAAGAAGUCCCAAAUUCCAUUGGAAGAGGCUCGGAAGAACAUUUGGCUUGUGGAUUCGAAGGGAUUGAUUGUCAGCUCCCGGAAAGAAUCCAUUCAACAUUUCAAAAAGCCCUGGGCUCAUGACCAUGAACCGAUAAAGGAACUUGUUGAUGCCGUCAAGGCAAUCAAGCCGACAGUUCUAAUUGGAACAUCAGGAGUAGGUAAAACAUUCACUCAAGAUGUGGUGGAAACCAUGGCAGAGCUAAAUGAGAAACCCAUCAUUCUUUCACUUUCAAACCCAACUUCUCAGUCAGAGUGUACGGCAGAAGAGGCCUAUACGUGGAGUCAGGGACGGGCGAUCUUUGCAAGUGGAAGCCCAUUUGCGCCAGUAGAGUAUGAGGGAAAGACGUUUGUGCCUGGACAGGCGAACAAUGCAUACAUCUUCCCUGGGUUUGGACUGGGGCUUAUAAUGUCAGGGACCAUUCGGGUUCAUGAUGACAUGCUUCUGGCCGCAUCAGAAGCUUUGGCUGAGCAACUGAUGGAGGAGCACUAUGAGAAGGGGAUGAUAUUCCCUCCCUUCAGGAAUAUCCGAAAAAUAUCAGCUCGUAUUGCAGCCAAGGUUGCUGCCAAGGCCUAUGAACUGGGAUUGGCCACGAGGUUGCCUCAGCCCAAGGAGCUGGAGCAGUGUGCUGAGAGCAGCAUGUACAGCCCUUCCUAUCGUAGCUACCGCUGAGGAUAAGCUUACUUACACACACUCUCCUUUCUCAUAUGACUUUGACCUCCCUUUCUCUCCUCUCCUAUUCUUUCACUUUCCUUGUUUCAAGAGUUUUUUUCAGCAUCUUAUAAAAAAAAUUAUGCGUGUAGCCACUGUUUCUCUCGUUUUUUCUUGUUUUCUUCCAUAUCCCUAAUAAUCUACGACUCCAGGCUCUCGUUCGUACUUCGUAGUGUAUGUUUAGUGUGUUUGUAUGUGCAACUGAUUGCAUCUGAUGGCUUU